CAGUCUUCAACAAAGUGCUGAAGAUCGCAAACGUCUGGGAGCAGAGCGCAUUUUUCUCCCCGAUUGCACAUUUUCAAGUUAAAAACCUUUUUGACACAUUGUCGCACCUUUUUGUCAUUACUGAUUACACUUGCAUGACGACAGGUUACAUAACUCCAAUCAGCCAUUCAUCCCCAGCAAACACUUUUCCUGGGAAAGUGAAAUUUAACUGAAGAAGAAAGAAAUCAUGGAGAUGGAGGAAGUCGAUGCCAAGAAAAAACAACUUGAAGAGGAUAUGGCAACAAACAAACCUAUGCUAGAAGUCAGAGCAGGACCAGGCGAAUACACAAGACUGCAAAAGCCAACUGAGGAUAUCUAUUCAAAUGUUGUGGAUCCAACCAAACAACGAGCCAAACAGGUCCAAGGUCCCGUGAGGCCUUACCGUGUUGCAUGCUUGAUCCUGACCGUGCUCUGCUUGGUGCUGCUGGUUGUCAUCAUCCUCUUGGUGAAAAUGACAGCUGAAUCCACCGCCUGCCCGGUGAGCUCGGCGAGUUGGGUUCCACCAACAUGCAGCACGGACCAGUGCACGGCUUUCACUUCUCAAGAUCAACACCAAUGUUACUGCUGCAACCAGUGCCCCCCGGGGUGGCUGAGACUGGAGGAGUCCUGUUUCUUCUUGUCCAAACUCAGGCUCAGUUGGGAGGAGAGCCAGAGGGACUGUUUGGAGAAAGGAGGAUCUCUGGCUGUGGUCAGCAGCCACAAAGUCCAGAACUUUCUCAGUCAAUGUGGGAAUUUCAUGAAAUACUGGAUCGGUUUGCGGCGCAUUAGGGAUAUGUGGAUCUGGGUGGACAACACCAACUUGCAACAGAGUUACUGGGGAGCAUACCUGACAACAGGGAACUGUGCGAUGCUUCACAGCAACGGCCUUCCAGACAACUGGAUGAUGAUUCCCUGCCGCUCAUACAUGUACUACAUCUGUCAGAGGAACCUCGGAACCGCAGUUCACCAGGACACUCCUCUCCUGCAUCCAAUUGAAAAACCCUAAACGAUAGAUGCUCUGCAAGUUGAGAUACAUAACACUGUAUAAUGUCUGUAGCAAUUUGUAGCAACAUUUCUAUUAUAUAAUACGCUUAGCAUAAUUAUUAGACCACGUGUUAUGAUAACGAGCUUUAACGUGGGCUCUUUUAAUUUUUCUUUGGGCUCUCAACAGUCACCAUUUUGAAAAGGCUGAGGAAUUUCAAAUUGAAUUCCCCCUUUUUCAAACCUUGAAAUGAAUCAUUAAUUAAAAUCAGAACGCAAGCA